GCGGGCUGCUGCUGGCCACACCCCCGCGCAGCACAUGAUGUCAGGCGGGCGGGCGGGCGGGCAGGCAGCGGCUCCCCCCCUGGAUACCAGUCGGGCUCUUGCUGCCGCCCAGUGCCAGGAGAGGCUGCUGCCGCCGCCGCCGCCGGACAGGGCAUCGGCUCUUUUAUGCGCUCCGCGCGGCGGCGAGCCGAGGCGUCCCCUGGCCGGAGCUGGGCAGGGCAACAGGCGCGGACAGGCAGCGGCUGACGCCACCGAGCAGGGGCCCCCGCUGAGCGGCUGCCAGCCAGCCAGCAUGAGGCUGCGGAGCCCCGGCGUCGUCUGCGCGCUCCUCCUCCUGCUCCACCUGCGGCCUCAGGUCCCCGAAGCGGUGGGCAUCUUUGAGCUCCAGAUCCGUGCGGUCCGUAACGAGAAGGGGGUCUUGGCGGAUGGCCGCUGCUGCCGUGGAGGCGGCCUGGACCCACCGUGCCCUGUGGGAGAGCAAUGCCGCACCUUCUUCCGGGCCUGCCUCAAGGAAUACCAGCUGCGGGCGCUCCCGGGCGGGCCGUGCGUCCUGGGGGCUGCCACCACACCCGUCCUGGGGGGCAACGUCUUCUCUGCCAACCACCAGAAGGGCCCGGACCAUGCCAGCAGGAUGGUGGUCCCUUUCGACUUUGCCUGGCCGCGUUCCUACUCGCUGGUCCUGGAGGCCUGGGAUGCUGCCAAUACCACUGAUGUCACAAGCCAAGGAUCGGGACAGCUGAUGGAGAGGGUGACACGCCCGGGCAUGCUGAACCCAGGCGAGGGCUGGCAGGACUUGAAGCACCACGGCCGUGGCACCUCGCUGGAGUACCGGGUGCGAGUGCGCUGCCAGGAGCACUACUACGGCCCGGCCUGCACCCUCUUCUGCCGCCCCCGAGACGACUUCUUCGGGCACCACAUCUGUGACGCUGCAGGCAACAAGGUCUGUCUGGACGGCUGGACGGGAGACAAGUGUAUGCGGGCUCUUUGCCGCCAGGGGUGUCACGAAAUGCAUGGGUUUUGCGAGGUGCCUGGUGAAUGCAGGUGCCAUUACGGGUGGAUGGGUCUGCUCUGCGACAAAUGCAUCCUCUUCCCGGGCUGUGUUCACGGGAGCUGCACCGAACCCUGGCAGUGCAACUGUGAGACCAACUGGGGCGGCCUUUUGUGUGACAAGGAUCUGAACUACUGUGGGUCCCACCGUCCAUGCAGAAACGGAGGCACGUGUGCCAAUAAGGAGCCCGACCAAUAUGAAUGCAUCUGUCCUGAGGGGUACCACGGCCGGAACUGUGAGAAUGCUACUCUGCUGUCACCCGUAGCCGAAUUCACUUGCACCUCUGAACCUUGUUCCAAUGGUGGGACGUGCCUCAAAACUCCCUCGGGCUUUCGGUGUGUCUGUCCCCCAGGAUGGAAUGGGGAGUCAUGUCAGAAUGAGGUGACCGACUGUCUCUCAGGACCCUGCAGUCACGGAGGGAGUUGCAGAGACCUCCCCAGUGGCUUCAAGUGCAUCUGCCCACCUCAGUGGACAGGGAAGACCUGCCAGAUCGAUGUGAACGAAUGCCAGAGGAAGCCCUGCCUACACGCCCGCGGGUGCAAAAACCUCAUUGGGAGCUAUUUCUGCGAUUGCCUGGAGGGCUGGACGGGACCGAACUGCAAUAUCAGCAAGAACCCGUGUCAGGGACGGUGCCACAAUGGAGGAACUUGUCAGGUACAAGGCGGAAGACGGACCUGCUUCUGCCCGGCGGGAUAUACAGGCACAGAGUGCGAGACGGAGCUGAGCUCCUGCAUCAGCACCCCCUGCCUGCAUGGCGGGCAAUGCCAGGAGAUGGGGCACAAGUCUUUCCGAUGCAGCUGCCCACCCGGGCUUAGUGGCCCCCACUGUGAGCAGGUCCUUGUGGAUCUCUGCUCCCCGAACCCUUGCCCCGAAGGGGCCUCCUGCCUGGACGGAGGGGGCAGCUACGUCUGCUCCUGCCCUGAGGGUGCUGCGUGCCAGAAGCUGCAGGACCCGUGCCUGGAAGGGGAGUGCCAAGGGGGUGCCGGCAGCCUGCUUCUCUACACGGCGCUGCCGCUGGCCCUGCUGCUGGUCUUGGUGGCUCCUCUCUUGGCAUUGCUGGCCCUCCGGAUGCGCCGCAGACCCCGGGAGGCCCCACCGCUCCCGGCAGAGCCCGCGGCCAACAACAGCCUCCAGCCCGACGCCGUCCACCUCAUCUGCAACAUCAACCGCCGCGAUGCCGAGCCAGGGCCGCGGGGGGGCAGCCUGGCGGCCAAGGCGGGCCAACCCCCCCCAGCCUCGUACCCCACUGGCGGGCUCCCAAAGACAGACAUUUCCAACGAGGAGCGGGCCAAACUGAACCGGCUGAAUGCCGCGCGGAGCUUGCCGCGGCCUUCGCUCUGACCCAGCGGGAGAGGACGGCAGAACUGCCGCGUCGGCGUGGAAAGGGAACGUGGGGGGCACGGACCUUGCAGAGGGGGUCUCUCGGCACUGGGGUCAGGGGCUCAAGAGCCCAGGGGCACCCCAAAGCGACUGAGCCCCGAUGCACCUUCCUGACCCUCUCUCCACAUUGGCCAGGUCACCAAGGCAGUUCUCCCGCCCCCGGAAGGCAAUAACCUGACUCCAGGAUUUCUCUGUGGCCUGUUUUUGCCUCCUAGAUGAGGCAUUCCUCUUGGGACAGGAAUGAGCAGCAUCUAUGGAAUUGCAUGGGCUACCAGACAGAAGUUCAACAGGCUGGGUCACUGGGUGAUCUCUGACGGACAUUUGGGGGAAUUAAAUACGGAGACUGGAGGGAGGAUGCCGUGGGUCUGGCUAAAGCAAGGUGGAAGCCAGGAAGGGCUGCGAUCUCGGCUUCCUUCAUGGGACUUUCCUGGGAGGCUGGCAGAGUCUAAAGGGAAGGGGGUGGCCGCGUGAUUGGAUGAAGAGUGAUUAUUGGAGGAGCUGGGCCACACCUACCUGGAGCUGGCCACUGAUUGGCUACUAGAUCUGGAUAGCAAUAUCCCAUGGGACACCCUGGGACAAGAUCCGUCUUCAGGUCCCUCACUUAGAGGGAAGGAUUGCCCCAUGGCCAAAGCGUUACUAACCACUAGCCAGCUUUAGGUGGGAGAGACAUGUUAAGAAGACCGCGCAGUGCCAACUCGGCCAACCACCCCAUGAUAUGGGUACAGAAGUGAAGAUCUACCUUGUUGGAUAAAGACAAGGUCCAUCUCAUCUGGUCUCUGACAGAGCCAGCCAGAUGACUCAGGGAAGCACCCAUGCAGGGCAUGGAGACCUUCCCCAGCAUUGAGUAACCCAGGGUAUUGUGCCACUGAACGUGGAGGCUCUUCACCGAUCCGUUAUAAAUGAUCAUGUAUAAGAGCCAUCUCCUCCAUGAAUCUUUCCAAUCUAGGAAGCAGCAGUUGUGACAGCACAGGGCACAUCCAGCCCAGCUACGUGGUAUUGUCUGACCAAGCAAAAGAGGGGUGCAGCCUCUGUGGCAGGAACCAGGGGGCCUCCGCCUUCGCCCCCUUCCCAACACGGCCCAUCCCGCAAAACUCUCUCUGCUGACCAGAUCCUUUUUAAAGCCAACGGCAAGAACAUAAACAGUAUGAAUCCAAACGACAGGGAGGUGGGGAGGCUCGAACCGAGAACUUCAGCCCCAGUUUUAACCCCAAAGCAGUGGAACGAGAUGUUGGGCCUAAUGCAGAACGGCGUGUUUAGACCGCUCUGGCUGAAGAGGUCACAUGCCCUGUGCUCAGCAGAUGUGACGCCAGCCACAUCACAGGAGCAGGGUGUCUCGACCCGCACAGGACGGGAAGAGAGGCAAGGAGAGGUUCUGAGGAGGGAGAAGCCUGGACAGCCCCAACCCCUGGGGUGUCUUUCCCCAGGGAUUGGGGCUGUCCAGGGGCUUGUGGGGCAGCCCCUUUGCUGGAGCUAAGCAGGUCAGUGCCUGGAUGGGUGACCACUGGGGAAGCCCAGGUACGCCGCCUUGAGUUCCAUCAUGGAGGGAAGGCAGGAUAGAAACGUCACUCACCAUUUCUUGGUGAUCAUCAAUAAGCACCAGAUUCCGUGCUGUGCUGUGGUUAUGCCUGGUGCUCCAUUUUUAUAUCUAUUUUGUUCAGAAUAAUUAAAUGUUAGAGUUGGAUGGAACCUUACAAGGUCUUCUAGUCGAGCCCAGGCUUUGUUUGGAAACCUGGGCUCGAACAUCCAGGUUCUGUUUGGAAACCUCCAGUGGAGAAUCCACCGCUGCAUGAAGCAGGCUGUUCCACUGUCAAACGGCUCUGAUGUCUAGCCUGAAUGUGCACCCUUGCGAUUUUAAUCCAUCGGUUCUAGUCCGGCCUUCAGGAGCAGCAAGGGACAUUUCCCCCUCCCUUGUAAAUGAGAGGCCCCACUGAGAUGUUUCCCAGACUAUGGGAAACUCCUCGGUCGGGCAGCAACGAUAUAGGAAGAUGCUGAAAGGCAUCCUCUCACACUGCGCGGGAGAUGGC